UCGUGCCUUUGCCGGAGCCGCCGCGCUAGAGCAGGAGUCCACUUCGGCCCGCAGCGGAGCAGCGGCCGGCGGCGCGCAUGGAUUUAUGAAGACGCUCAUGCAAGAAGGGGGCCGGACUCAGGCAAACUUUUCCGCCGGCUCCGCGUCCGCUGCUCCCCGCACCUCCGCUCCGCUCCGCUCCGCGCCCGGCGACCGCCGCUGCUCGCGAUGGUGGCCGUGCUGCUGGGCGGCGGCGGCGAGGCCCGCGGGGGGACCGGGCCCGGCGCUUGGCUGUGCUUGAUGGCGUUGCUGCAGCUGCUGGGCUCGGCGCCGCGGGGCUCCGGGCUGGCGCACGGCCGCCGCCUCAUCUGCUGGCAGGCGCUGCUGCAGUGCCAGGGGGAGCCGGAGUGCAGCUACGCCUACAGCCAGUACGCCGAAGCGUGCGCGCCGGUGCUGGCGCAGCGCGGCGGGGCCGAUGCUCCGGGGGCCGCCGCCGCCGCCUUCCCGUCGCGUUGGCGCUGCCCGAGCCACUGCAUCUCGGCGCUUAUUCAACUCAACCACACGCGCCGCGGGCCCGCGCUGGAGGACUGUGACUGCGCUCAGGACGAGAACUGCAGGUCCACCAAGCGCGCCAUCGAGCCCUGCCUGCCCCGGACAAGCGGCGGCGGCGCGGGCGCGGGCGCGGGAGGGGUCAUGGGCUGCACUGAGGCCCGGAGGCGCUGUGACCGAGACAGCCGCUGCAACCUGGCGCUCGGCCGCUACCUGACCUAUUGCGGCAAGCUCUUCAAUGGGCUGCGGUGCACCGACGAGUGCCGAGCGGUCAUCGAGGACAUGCUGGCCGUGCCCAAGGCGGCGCUGCUCAACGACUGCGUGUGCGACGGCCUCGAACGGCCCAUCUGCGAAUCGGUCAAGGAGAACAUGGCCCGUCUGUGCUUCGGCGCGGAACUGGGCGCCGGCCCGGGCAGCAGCGGCUCGGACGGCGGCCUGGACGACUACUACGAUGAGGAGUACGACGACGAGCAGCAGCGCCCCGGGGCCGCUGGCGCUGAGCAGCCGCUGGACGACGACGACGGCGGCGUGCGCCCGGGCGGCGGCGCUGCGGGGCCGGGCGGGCGCGGGGACCUGCCCUCCGGGCCCAGGCGCAGGAGCAGUAGCGGCGGCCCCCGCGCGGCGCCCUGGGACGCCUGGGCGGCACUCUGCCCCGUUUUGCUGCUGCUGCUCCGGCCGCUCCUCUAGCUGCACCGGCACCUGUGGCCGGGCCGGAGCGAAUGAGGCCAGGGCGUCCGAAACUCUGCUGGAGACUGUCCUGCCGGGUCCUAGCCG